UGCAAACACACUGUGCAAAUUCUUCGGCCUUGUUCACCUGCCUUUAGGGGCAGCUGUCCUUGGCCAACAUGGAGGAGAAUUCAGGCGCGACGGCUGGAUGAAGACUUUGGCAUCCCUCGCUGAGAACCCCCAGCGUCUUUGAUCCUGGACUUUCUGCUUUCCACCAUGUUCCACUUAAUCAAGAAGGACCGAGACGGGUCCAGGAGGGAGAAGAAGAAGGAGAAGGAGAAGAAGGAACGCAUGUCGGCCGCCGAGCUGAAGAGCCUGGAGGAGAUGAGUCUCCGCCGGGGCUUCUUCAACCUCAACCGGUCGUCCAAGAAGGACGCCAAGAGCCGCCUAGAGAUCUCCAACCCCAUCCCCAUCAAAGUGGCCAGCGGCUCGGAUCUCCACCUCACCGACAUCGACUCCGACAGCAACCGGGGCAGCGUGAUCUUGGACUCCGGGCACCUCAGCACGGCCAGCUCCAGCGAUGACCUCAAAGUGGACGACGGCAACUUCAAAGGCUCGGUGCUCCAGCGGGCCGCCAAGUUCGGCUCGUUGGCCAAGCAGAAUUCGCAGAUGAUCGUCAAGAGAUUCUCCUUCUCCCAGAAGAGCCGCGACGACAGCGCCUCGGAGACCUCCACGCCCUCCGAGCAUUCGGCGGCACCUUCCCCGCAGGUGGAGACGCGGACCCUGGAGAUGCAGUUGUCGAAACACGGUGCCGGGACGCCGCCCUGCGCCCCGCCGCCCUCCGCCUCGCGCACCCGGCUGCCCGAAUUGGUGAGCAAGAGGUUCCCUGCGGAGCUGAAGCUCCCCGUGGUGGUGCCUCCGCAGCCCCCGGUGCCCCGCCAGCUGGAGCUGCAACGGCGCAACACGGGAGACUUCGGCUUCUCUUUGCGUCGUACCACCAUGUUGGACAAGGCGGCCGACGGGCAGGUAUAUCGGCGAGUGGUCCAUUUUGCCGAGCCGGGGGCCGGAACUAAAGAUCUGGCCUUGGGCUUGGUACCGGGUGACCGGCUGGUAGAGAUCAACGGCCGCAACGUGGAAAAUAUAUCCCGGGACGAGAUUGUGGAGAUGAUCCGGCAGUCGGGCGAGACGGUGCGGCUGAAAGUGCAGCCGAUUUUGGAGCUGAGCGAGCUGAGCCGCUGCUGGUUGAAGAACGGCGAGCGAUCCCAAGGAGCAGCGUUUGAC